AGCGACCUCGACGCCGUCUGGUCGCCCAGCCUUCCGAAAGGGCGAGAUCGAUAGUAUUCAAAUGGCUAUCACCGAGUGCGAUCACAAACGAGACAUAUAGCAACUUGGGCCAACAGACAGGAUGGCAGACCAAUAGUGACGGAUCAAAGAUCAAGUGAACCAGAUGGCUGCAUGGCAGAGAUGGCGGAAUGUCAAGCUCGGCUUCCUAAAUCUAAAUCUCUGCGGAUUCCGCCAUCCCGCCGGGCUCUUCUCACUCGAACCGAUUCAAGCAAUGGCACGCUAGACAGUGACUUGAUGGCUAUUCUCCAGAUCGGAAGACAAAUCCAAGCCGCAGAUGAAAACCUAUAUGAAGGGGUCUCUUUCUCCAGAUCUGAUCACUUCUUUUCCCAUCCGUCUUCAGUCACAACAACUUCCAACCUUCAUCCUAUUCGUCUUCAGUCUUCAGUCUUAUUUGUGCCCUGCAGUGCAGUACAAUCACAAAACUCUCAACUUCACCCUUCAACUUCUUUUUAUAUCAUUCUCUUUAUUCAAACGCAAUAUCGAAACUUUCAUACUCACUGGUGGAGAAACGUAUCUUACAACAAAUAUCACAAUCACUAGAUCAACUCGACAUGAUUUCAUCACUUUACGCGCUUUUCCUUAUCUUCGAAGUAACCGGAAGCAUUAACGCCGAUCUUACCAACCUUCGAGCUCGAGACGUCAACCCCAAGUUUCAGAUGCAAAGAGCUUCAAAAAGGCUUAGACGUUCAGAACCAGUGACCAUCAACGAUCAAGACGCACGCCAAAAUGCAGCCGACGCUUCUGACACUCCCUAUAGUAAUUAUACUAACAUCAAUACUUCGGACAAAUACCCCAAUGGUACCGAAAAAUCUACGGCACCCAAUCCGAAUAAGAAGGUAGAUGCAUCAGGAGAUUAUUCUUCACUUUAUCCGCCGCCACCUUCCGUAUCAUUACCUCCUUUCAGUGCGAUUCCAUAUCCAUUACCGCUCACCGGAUCAGGGAAAAAAUGCCCACCUCGCAAGCACGAUGAUGGAUUGACGGUCGCUCUACCUUCAGAUCUCAAUACCGGAAGAUUCACAAAAUGUGGACAACAGGUAGUGGUGGUAUUCGAUCAGUUAGCAGGUCGACCAUGGCAAGGGAGCAAGAAUAAUCUGACCUUGACAGUGAGCGACUCAUUUGAUAGUAAAGGUCAUUCAGAGUUAGAUAGAACAAUCCUUUUGAGUGAGAAGGCCUGGAAAGAAGCAACGGGUAACUCUAUCAUCAACAAGUUCGAGAGUUGGCCAGUGAGGUGGUUCUUCCUAGAUGCUGCUAUGCAACAGGAAACUGCGGAUGGUCAGCACGAAAAUCAAAACGGUGAAGAUGAUGCUUCAGCCGGUAAUUCUACGGACGCCACUUCGGGUAACCAAACAGUCACUGAUCGAGGAAACAAAUCACCUCGAACUGACGAAGGAUCCAAUUCAACGACAACAUCGACAAAGCCUCCUUCCAACAAGAGAAGUUUACUCUCAAGAAGAAGCAGUUCAAAUCCUUCAACUCAUCAGCAUCCAUUAAAUGUUUUAAAAGAUAAAAAGCUCGAUGACCUAAGUGACGAUCUAGAUGAUGCGGUUUCAGGUUUAUUGGGUGGUGGUUGGGCAACUUUCUUCACACAAGAAGGUAGGCCAGGUGCCUGUGGUCAAGUGCACAAAGACUCUGAUACUAUUGUUGCCCUCGACUUUCGACGAUAUGGAAACUUGGAUGAGAUUUCACAGUACUGUAACAGAACAGUCCAGAUCACAAGAAUCUCGACCGGUAAAACUAUCACAGCAACAGUAGCAGAUGCAUGCCCGACUUGCAAAAACAAGAAUAGUCUUGAUUUAAGUGAAGGUGCAUUUCAAAAGUUGGCAACUAAAGAUGAAGGAAUGGUCUCUAUCAAAUGGAAAUUUGCUUAAUCUUGUACUAUUCGCUGAACCUUUCUGACUCAGAGAAAUCUUGUACUUUUUAUUUUUACUUUUUUUGGUUUUUAUUGGGUUCCGGUUGUGUGCGAGUUUUUUGAAAGCUUCAUGAAAUCUUAAGAAAAAUCUACAUUAAACAUAC